GUACCACCACAGUCAGUAUGCACUGCUGUAGUGAUAGCAGGUACCACCACAGUCGGUAUGCACUGCUGUAGUGAUAGUAGGUAACCACCACAGUGGUUACCUACUAUCUGCAAGCGGGUCUCGCCCGCCUGCAGAUGAGAUGGGGAGCCGUUCUGGUGAGGUGAGCCCCGAUGGGCUGGCUCCGGUGAGCCGACCGAACUCAGCUCCGAUGGGCCGGCUGAACUGAUGAUGAGUCGAGCCGACCCGCCGGUCGCAGCUCGCUCCUGAGCCGACCCACCGGUCGAACUGAGGUUUCGAUGGGCCGGCUCCGGUGAGCCGGCCGAACUCCUCCGAGUUCCGACCGAACUGAGGUUUCAAUGCUGCAGGGUCCACUCUUUAUGCCAAAAAUCCCUUCACUUGGAUCCUGCCCACAAGGCGGAGCUUCUUCCGAUUUUGCUGUGUCAUGAUCUGUCCAUAUGUGUGUGUCCGUACGUGUGUCAGUGUGUGUCCUUGUGUGCGUCACCCACGGCCAAUACCGCUGUCCUCCUUCCAUAAACCAUCAAAAAGUAAAACAACCAGAUGUUACAAAUUGUCUCGAAGGCGUAUCUUGGUCUGCCUCUCUGUCUGCCGGUGCGAGAGGGAGGGCAAGCUUCCCCCCCUGCAUCAUGUCCCCGACACACAAGGGAAUGGUUAAAAAGUUUUAAGUUAACAUUUCAUUUCACCACCGUUCCACAGUUAUGAUUUGCUACGUAACACAAGGUCUGUGUCAGCUUUCCGUCGUGGUGUUUGACUCAUGUCAAGGGAAGGUGCUCCCUUAAGCGUAAGCAUAUUCUUAUCAUGUACUGCAGGGAUACAAAGGCGGCCGGGAUCUCCCUUUCUCUCUGACCCUGGGUUUAACAUCGCCCAAGUCAUGCAGUUUAUGUUUAGCAAAGUUGUGUAAACGUAGUAUAGUUUUCGGUGAAUAGCGCCAACAUGAAUGUUAUGUAUGAAAUGAUGUAUUGUGAAUUUUAUUUAUUAACUUUGCCUUGUGUUUUCGCUGACAUGCUGGCAUUCCAAGCAUCUCUUUUCUGCUCGCCCUUAUUCCUGCUCGCGCGGGGUCCGCCACCCUUUGCCCCCACUCUCUCUACCCGCCCGUUGUGGCCGCUGUCUCGCUGACGCCGCCAAUUCAAGGCCUCAUUAAUUUCCGUCACUCCAUGUAGCUGCCUCGCCACGAGAUCGGACGGCUCCUCAGAUGGCUUCGCCACUUCCUGCACCUCCUCCUCCUCCGCUCAUCAAACGAGAGACCGAUGACGAGGAGAACCCAGGCACUGGAAGGAGUCCUGAGCUGCCGGUGAAACGUGAAGACGCCGCCGCUGAUGACGGCGACGAUGAAGCAGCCGCAGGAGCAGCGGUGAAGCAGGAGGAGGGUGAGGGCCCUCUGGGCCGCGAGAUCGUGAGGACGCUGGUGAAGAGCGAGGUGGAGGAGGAGGACGCUCCAGACCUGAAGAUCGUUAAGGUUGAAGACGCAACCGAGAUUUCGGAUGAGGCGGCGGCGGAUUCCCGCGAUGGGCGUCCGGAAGCACCGGAUCGGAACUUCGUCGAGGUUGAGUUGUCCGAAGAGGACGACGUCGGUGGAGACGGAGCCCGCCCGAGGACGCGGCACGACCUGGCGACGCGCGCGCCGAGCCGCGCGGGCGAGCGGCCGCACGCCUGCGGCGACUGCGGCCGCCGCUUCGCGCGGCGCGGCGACCUGAGGAGGCACGGGCGGACGCACGCGGCCGGCGGCAGGGAGAAGCCGCACGCCUGCGGCGACUGCGGCCGCCGCUUCGCCCGGCGCGGCGACCUGUGGAACCACGCGCGGACCCACGCGGCGGCGGAUUCCCGCGACGGGCGCCCGGAAGCGCCGGACCGGAACUCCGUCGAGGUUGAGUCGUCCGAAGGGGAGGACGACGUCGGUGGAGCUGCCUCGCCACGAGAUCGGACGGCUCCUCAGAUGGCUUCGCCACUUCCUGCACCUCCUUCUCCUCCUCCUCCGCUCAUCAAACGAGAGACCGAUGACGAGGAGAGCCCAGGCACUGGGAGAAGUCCUGAGCUGCCGGUGAAACGUGAAGACGCCGCCGCUGAUGACGGCGACGAUGAAGCAGCCGCAGGAGCAGUCGUGAAGCAGGAGGUGGGUGAGGGCCCUCUGGGCCGCGAGAUCGUGAGGACGCUGGUGAAGAGCGAGGUGGAGGAGGAGGAUGCUCCAGACCUGAAGAUCGUUAAGGUUGAAGAUGCGACCGAGAUUUCGGAUGAGGCGACGGCGGAUUCCCGCGAUGGGCGUCCGGAAGCGCCGGACCGGAACUCCGUCGAGGUUGAGUUGUCCGAAGAGGACGACGUCGGUGGAGACGGAGCCGACCCGGGGACCGAACCGCGGCCUGGGCGCCCCGCGGCGACGACGGCCGCGGACGCCGCCGACGGCGGGCGGCACGCCUGCGCGGAGUGCGGCAAGCGGUUCGCCCGCGCGUACGGCCUGAAGACGCACGCGCGGACGCACACGGGGGAGCGGCCGCACGCCUGCGGCGCCUGCGGCAAGCGGUUCGGGACGCGGCACAACCUGGCGACGCACGCGCGCGUCCACACGGGCGAGAGGCCGCACCCCUGCGGCGCCUGCGGCCGCGCCUUCUCGCAGCUCGGCGACCUGCGGAAGCACGCGCGGACCCACACGGGCGAGCGGCCGUACGCGUGCGGCGUCUGCGGCCGCGGCUUCGUCAGGCGCUUCGCCCUGAAGACGCACGCGCGGACCCACGCCCGGCCGCCCGACGUCGCGAACGCGCGCCGGGCGGCCGUUGGAGCGGGCUCCCCGAAACGCCGACAACGCCGCGGGCCUCCGGCGCGCGGCGGGGAGAGGCCGCACGCCUGCCCCGAGUGCGGCCGCGGCUUCGCCCACCGCUACCUCCUGGAGAUCCACGCGCUGAGCCACACGGGCGAGCGGCCGCACGCGUGCGGCGUCUGCGGCCGGGGCUUCGCGCGGCGCGGCGACCUGAGGAAGCACGCGCGGACGCACGCGGCCGGCGGCGGGGAGAAGCCGCACGCGUGCGGCGACUGCGGCCGAGCGUUCUCCCACCGCUACCUCCUGGGGAUCCACGCGCGCGUCCACACGGGCGAGCGGCCGCACGCGUGCGGCGUCUGCGGCCGCUCGUUCGCCCAGCGGAACGUCCUGAAGAGCCACGCGCUGACGCACACGGGCGAGAGGCCGCACGCCUGCGCCGAGUGCGGCCGCGCGUUCUCGCAGCGCUCCAACCUGGAGGCGCACGCCCGCGUCCACACGGGCGAGCGGCCCCACGCCUGCGGCGACUGCGGCCGGGGCUUCUCGCGCCGCUCCGACCUGAGGAGGCACGCUCGGACGCACGGCGCGGGGGGCGCCGAUGCCGCUUCCGCGCCCGGGAGCUGACCGGGCGCGCAAACGUUGGGGACCGCAGGAGCUUGGGCGAUCUUCAGAGACGAUUCUUCGCUGCUGCUGCCGCUGCUGCUGCUGCCUUCCCACGCUCGUCUGCGCCUCUGUGGGACCACUGCGCGCGUUGAAAAUUCUCCAGCGGUUUUGCUCGAAUGAGCCCGCCAGCGGCCGGGCUUUGAAGGCGGCGCCGCGGUGCCGGGAUGUUAUCUCGCUCGCCCGGCAUGCAGGAGGCCGUGGGGGUUGAUCCCAACCCCUGAUGCUUCUACCUCUCACUCCUUAACCUCUCUACCUACCUCCCUCCCUACCUACCUACCGCCCUCCCCUCCUUUGUUUCUAAAAACAAAUUUUUAUCGAUCAGAAGAAAGACAAAAAAAUGCUCGGUUACGCGGCACUCGGCUUCGUUCAUCAUGUCGUUUUUUUUUUAAUUUUUAAAUGUCCGGCUUUCACGGCGUUUUCCUUUUUCAUAUAUACACGAAAUAUUACGCGUGUACUCCCCCUCUUCCCAUGUAACAGAAACCCCUUUGUGGGCUGUGUUCACAGACGCAGCGUAAAAAAACAACAACCUUUAAACACCCGUCGGUCACAUCGCACGGAGCACCCACCGCGGCCGAACGCGUCGAAAAGGACGGAACUCGCCCGUCAACUGAGCGGAGCGAAAUUCCGGCCAAAUUCUGGCAGAAACCGGGGCUUUGAACAUGCGGCAGUGGCUGAAUUAGGCCAGUGCCCUCUCUUGCACGCUGCCCGGCUGCUAUAGAUCGCCAGUUUCGCAUCGUUUGUGACCAAGGUCACGAAGCCCUCUUAUAAACUUUGGAGUCUGCAUUCUCGCAAUGUCCAAAAUUAAGAAUCGCGGGAGAGAAAUGAAGCUUGAAUUACGUGAAGUUGUUUUGUAUCAAUUUGAAUAAGUGAGUCGGGGGAUUUGACGAUGCAUGCACCGAUGCGCUUCUGUUUCAUUCAAGCGUGGAAUAAACAUUCUGGCUUCAUAUCUGUGAAACAUGCCCGAAAAUGA